UGAAAACUUGAGUAUUAUUCUUCUAAAUUUAAAAUGGUCCGAGUAUAUAAAGUAAGAAGCUAUUCUACGGUUCUACCAAACAUAGACCCCUCACCUACGCUUACUCUCACUCCUCUCUCCUACUUUUCUCCGCCGUGAAAUGGGGAACUGUCAGGCGGCGGAGACGGCAACGACGGUGAUACAACGACCAGAUGGCAAGUCGGAGAGAUUUUACUGUACGGUAAGCGCGAGCGAGGUGAUUAAGUCUCAUCCCGGCCACCAUGUCGCCCUCCUCCUCUCCUCCACCGUACCUCACGGCGGGUCUCUCCGCGUCACCCGCAUCAAACUACUCCGUCCUUCUGAUAAUCUCUUGCUCGGCCAUGUCUAUAGACUCAUCUCUUCCGAAGAGGUGAUGAAAGGAUUAAGGGCCAAGAAGUCGGAAAAAAUGAAGAAAAUCCAUGGAGAGUUUUCUGUUGCAGAAGAGGAGAUUAACCCACUAACCCUAAGAUCUGAAUCUGCUUUUGACAACGACACUCAGAGAAAGAUACAUGAAAAGCAGAGAGGGAUGGACACAGGAGCUACCAACAAAGUUAGAGCUUGGCAGCCUUCUCUUCAAAGCAUAUCAGAAUCUACAAGCUAAAAACUUGAAUUUGUAUCUUCAUUUUUUUUUUUUUACUUUUCACUUUUUUUUGAUCAUUUGAUUUCUCUUUGUAUUUUGUUUUUCCCAAUCAAAUUGUAAAGGAAGGAAAAGAAAACCCAUUUGAUUGUGGCGGAAAAAGCUCUUGUGUAUUUCUUUUGUGAAGAAGAUCCAAAGGAUUUCGUAUGGUUACUAUUUUUUCCACAACUUUUAAUUUUAUAAUUUUUAUUUUAUUAUGAAUACAAAAGUAUAUAAAACAAUAAAUUA